GACACAAUUCUUGCAUUCUGUGAAAAAGGUGCAGCAAUUAUGAACUUACUUCUUGUAAAGUUUACAAUAGAAGAGAAAUAACUGAAUACGAAAGGUUAAAACCACAGCAGAUGACAUUUGGUGUAGACGUAGACAACUAUGUCAGAGAGAAGACAUUUGUUAAAGAAUACGUAAAGCUACUACACGAUUUUCUUUAUAUUACGUUUAUACAGACACCUUUUUUGGAACAGUCAGACAUCGCCAUCAUCGGUGGCCCUAUAAGAAAAAGUUAUAUGUCCUAUUCUUCUUUUAUAAUUGACACUUCAACUACAUUUACAAUAAGUGCUGCAAAACCUUUAAGCAAAGCAGUUUCUUUGAUAAAACCCUUUAACAAAAUGGUUUGGAUAUUUAUUUUAUGUUCAUUCGUUAUUCUUCUGUCGACGUUGUAUAUUGUAAGUAUGAAAGAAACUGAGUAUUGCAACAAGGAAAAGCCUGAAUUUUGUACCUUAUUUUGGAUAUUAUUGAGAAACUUUCUUCGACAAGAUACAAGAAUAAAUCGUUGUUUUCUCAAUACUUUUCGUAUCCUAAUCGGCUGUUGGAUACUUAUUGCAUUUGUCCUGACAUCUGCAUAUGUCGGAAUUCUGCCGUCUUAUAUUGUUAAUCCAGGAACUGAAACUAUUCCUGAAACUAUUGAAGAAUUGACUCAAUCUGUGAUAGAUGGACGGUACAAUAUCACCUUCUUCGAAUUUAGCGAUGAAUGCCGUUAUUUUGAUCGAUGUCCUUUCGAUGAGUAUAUCCCGAUGGAAAUUAUUACAAAUAAUGUCACCGAAAUCUUUUAUCAAAAUAUUAUCAAGUACAACGAAUCCUGCACGCAACAAGUUGAAAAAGUACUUACAGGAACUUACGCUCUCCUAGCAUCAAAACAUAGGAUUGAAUUGAGCAUAUCUAAAUCGGGAAAGGAAAAGUUCUUUGUUUCGAAAGAUGUACUUUUUACAAAAUUCAAUUUUAUACAAAUGAAUUUAGUCAGAGUUAAUUAUGCUGUUGAAAUUGCCAAAACAGUAAAUCUUAUUCAACAAAGUGGGUUACCUGAGAAAAUUCGUAGAAAUCUACUUCAUGAAGCAACAAGAAAAGAUCUUUUCUACAAACACAAACCAGUUGAUACAAAUAAAAAAGAAGUACUGGAAAUGGAUGAUAUUAUGGGUCCACUGUACUUACUAGGUACAGGAUAUUUGAUCGCUUUUGUAGUAUUUGUUACAGAAAUUCUCGUAAACAAGAUAAAAAACAUUACAAGAAAGAAAUCAAGAUUUUAAUAGAAUGAGACGUACCUGAAGAAAACAGCGAUUAAAAUAACGACAUUCAUCGCUGUAUUUAAAAAAAGUGAUGUUGUAUCGUUUUACUUCACUGAUUGAAUCAAUUCUUGAAAUGUAUAAGGAAUGACUUCGGUUCCAGGAUUAACCAUGAACGAUGGCAAAGUGCCGACGUAUGCCGAUGUCAAAACAAAUGUAAUCAGGAUCCAGCAGCCAAUUAGGAUACGAA